AGGACCCGGAAGGGGGGCGGUGGCUCCAGGGGGCGGGGGGAGUUUGGGGUUGGGUCAGGUGUUUCCUUACAGAGCUUCACAAAACCACAGGCGUCUCCUCUGGUCCCGCAAACACACCCCUGCCUCCGGACGCACAGACUCCGCCCACUCGCUGCCCUCGAUCUGUACCAACAUGAGUCCAAAGAAUGUGGUUUUCAAGAAGAUCGCCAAGGACAAGUCGGUUGGAGUCUACAUGGGAAAACGAGACUUUGUGGACCGCGUUGACCGUGUAGAUCCAGUGGAUGGCAUCAUUGUCAUUGAUCAAGAGGCUCUGCAGGGGAGGAAAGUGUUCGUCACCCUGUCCUGCAUCUUCCGAUACGGCAGAGACGACAUGGAUGUGAUGGGAAUCGCCUUCCGCAGGGAGCUGUACCUGUCCACCCGCCAAGUGUACCCGCCUCUGCAGGACCGGGACAAGGGCAUCCACACCAAGACACAGGCCAAGCUGCUGAAGAAGCUGGGAGACAACGCCUACCCCUUCUUCUUCGAGUUUCCUGACAACCUGCCUUGUUCAGUUGCCAUGCAACCAGCGCCCACGGAUGUUGGCAAGCAAUGUGCCGUGGAGUUUGAAAUCAAAGCAUUUAGCGCUGAGAGCCAGGACGCCAAAAUACGCAAACGGAGCACAGUGAAGCUGAUGAUCAGGAAGGUCCAGUAUGCUCCAGAAGGCGAGGGAACGGCGCCCUCUGUUGAAACCACCAGGGACUUCGUCAUGUCCGACAAACCGCUGCAUGUCAAAGCCAGUCUGGACAAAGAGAUUUAUUACCACGGUGAGACCAUCAAAGUUCACGUCAACGUGACGAACAACUCCAACAAAAAUAUCAAGAACAUCAUCCUCUCGGUGGAUCAGAUCUCUAACGUGGUUCUGUACUCCAACGACAGCUACAUUAAAUGUGUGGACCUGGAGGAGUCUGGGGAUUCUGUUUCUGCUGGAGCGACUCUGCAGAAAACCUACAAACUGCUGCCGGUUCUAGCCAAUAACAGGGAGAGGCGGGGCAUCGCUCUGGACGGAAAACUGAAGCAUGAAGACACCAACCUGGCCUCAUCCAGCGUGAUCAAAGAGGGAGUUCAGAAGGACGUCAUGGGCAUCAUGGUUUCAUACAGGGUCAUGGUGAAGCUCAUCGUCGGAGGGAUGAUGGGAUCAAGCGAGGUGGGUCUGGAGGUUCCCUUCAAGCUGAUGCAUCCUAAACCUGAUGCAGUGAAAGAAAGUGAGGCAGAGGAGGAGAUGGUUUUCCAGGAGUUCAAGCGCUCCUACCUGAAGGGGAUGGCGGGCGAGGAUGAGGACGAGGACGGCAACGUGUCGGGAGGCGACGACAUGGCGCCCAAAGAGAAGUAACGAUGAACGAGGACCCGCAAGAAACCAGGGAAAGGGCUUCAGUCGCCUCAGGCCGUUGUAGAAAACACUGAGAUGUAGUCGAUUGGUCCUGUAUUUACUUUUCUUCUUCUUUUCUUUGGUUUUAGCACCACUCCCAUGUAAAUCUAAUGACUGUUUUAAUAGUGAGCUUAGCUGUGAAUGUGAAUGUUCCAUCUGAGUAAACGGAGGCUGUGGUUCCCAGUGCUGGUCUACAUUGAAUACAGCGGCCAGUGGUUGGACCUCAGUGGGUCCAACUGGGACUGACGCCACCACAGACAACAGUUCAACACAUUUAAUAUCCAUUUAUCAGUUAAAUUGGUCAAAUGUCCCAUUCCAAAUGUCUCCAAAACUUCUUGCUUGUGGUAGUUUUUCAUAGGUGAAAGUAAACCUGGAGAAAGUGUUUUAAGUGCUGAUGCUGAUCUGUUCUAACGUUAUUUUAGUUUUAAAAUCAGAUGUGUCGCUGUGUGAGUCUGGGACAAUAAAAGCUCAUGAACCUUUA